AUGGUGGCUCAGCGGUCACUGCGACUUUACUUGAUGUUUCGACUGCAAUCACUCUGCGGAGAGAGAUGUUGGAAUCCAUUGAAACACAAAUUUUCCGCACUUCAGAAGUCCGACGACCUCCAGUGGCCACUUAUCACCUCUGAUGGGACACCUCGUCCUCGGCCAAAGAUAGAACACCCUGGAAGAUUCAACGUUGAUCUAGAGUCCGAUGAUGAUGCAGAAGACAGUGCUUUGCGAGAAGGUACUUUGAUUCAAGCUUACUGGACCUCUAUCCGAGAAAAAUAUCGCUCACGACGCCUUGACGUUCAAUCACUUUCGACCUCAGAGACGGGGGACCUUCCGGAGAACUGGAUCGUGAUCAACAUCAAUAUCACAGAUGACAAGAGCACGUUGUUCAUCUCACGACGAGAAGGCGGAGUUGAAGGAAGCCAACCACUUGUUUUCUGCGUGCCUCUGAAAGGAAGGAGAGAUAACGGAGAUGACGAUGUGGAAGACCACUUGGAGUUCAACGAUGCUAUUGGUCAGUUGCGCGAGAUCGUAAGGUUGAGUGACGAGGGUACCAAGACAGCCGUCAACAUCAAAUCGGAUGACAAAGAGGCUCGCGCGAAUUGGUGGAGGCUACAUGGUGAGAGUCUGGAUACGAGGUUACGCGAGCUGCUUGAAAAUAUCGAGUUUUGCUGGUUGGGAGCGUUCAAGACAAUCCUAAGUCCACGGUCGGAUGCAACUCCAGAGAUGAUUUCGGAUCUCCGGGCGCAAUUCGAUAAGAUCUUUCAGCGUAGCCUUCACGCUAAGGACAAGAAAUCGAAGCAGCGGUGCAAAGAUGAAGAGCUCGAGGAUCUUAUCUACUUGAUCUUGGACCUCUAUUGGUUCCAUGGCGUUCCAGUUGCUAUUGCGGAAGUCGAUAUCGCUCAGCUGGUGGUUGACCUUCGGGCUGUGAUGGAAGAACACGCGGCGAAGCUUCGGCAGUGGAAAAAGACAACCACGGGCAAGGCGACCAGCUCAUUGGCUUAA